AUGGCGGCUGCUGUAUCAUCUGUUUGGGCAAAGCCUGGUGCUUGGGCACUUGAAGCUGAAGAACACGAAGCCGAGCUCAAACAACAACAAGCUCCUCCUACCUCGAACCAGAAAUCCACCACCGGAGGAGAUUCCACCGAUUUCCCUUCCUUAGCCGCUGCGGCGACUACCAAAACGAAGAAGAAGAAGGGACAAACAAUAUCCCUCGCCGAAUUCGCUACCUACGGUGCCCCUAAGGCGUCUCCGGCUCCUCAGACGGAGAGGCUCACUCAGGCUGAGCUUGUCUCUCUUCCGACCGGUCCACGUGAGCGUUCCGCGGAGGAACUCGAUAGAUCUAAGGGAUUCAGGAGCUAUGGAUCUGAUUCGAGGUGGGGUUCGUCUAGGGUUUCGGAAGAUGGGGAAAGGAGAAGCGGUGGGUUUAAUAGGGAUAGGGAAUCUGUUAGGGAUUCUGGUCCGUCGCGUGCCGAUGAGAACGAUAACUGGGCGGCUGCGAAGAAACCAAUCGUAGGUAACGGAAACGGUUACGAGAGGAGAGAGAGAAGCGGCGGAUUCUUCGAAUCUCAGUCCAAGGCUGAUGAAGUUGAUAGCUGGGUCUCGACUAAGCCAUCUGAGCCAAGGAGAUUCGUUUCUAGCAACGGUGGUGGUGGUGAUAGAUUCGAGAAAAGGGGAAGUUUCGAAUCCUUGUCUAGGAACAGGGAUUCACAAUUCGGUGGUGGGUCGGAUUCAGACUCUUGGGGGAGGAGAAGAGAAGAGAGCGCCGGAGAAAACGGCGCAGCGCCACUUAGCGGUGGUUCACGGCCGAGAUUGGUUUUGCAGCCGCGUACACUUCCUGUUCCCGUUGUGGAGGUGAGGCCGGAAAGUCCGGUUAAUGUGAGGCCGGAAAGUCCGGUGACGGUCCCUGUAGAGAGACCUAGAGGUGCGAAUCCUUUUGGGAAUGCCAGACCAAGGGAGGAGGUUCUGGCUGAGAAAGGACAAGAUUGGAAAGAGAUUGAGGAGAAGCUUGAGGCUGACAAGUUAAAGGACAUUGCUGCAGCCAUUGAGAAGUCUCCAGGGAAGAUGGGGUUUGGUCUUGGCAAUGGCCGUAAGGACGAACAUACUGAAAGAAGUUGGAGGAAAAGCUCUGAGCAAUCUGAGGAGGGAGCUAAAAAGGAGGAACCUCAAGAGGAGGAACCACCUGUAGAAGAGGAAGCUCCUAAGGCAGAGGAGGCUAAUAAGGAAGAGGGAGCUACUAAAGAAGAGGCUGAGAAGAAAAACUAG